AUGUUAUCGAUAAUGAAUUGGUAUAUUUUAUCAAUAUGUUUGGUAUUUACAGCAGUUUUUAUAUUUGCUCUUUUUAAAUCACAUUCAAAUGCAUUAACUAAGAUUUCUUUAAAAAAUUAUGUGUCAGAUUAA